UGGCAGUCUCUCGCCUCUACCCACUUCGUUCCUAGGGCGGCGGCGGGUGCCGCAGCUUCUAGGGCGGUGGGGAUGGGGCGGCCUGGGGGUGCUUGCAGCGUUGCAGGCCUCGAGGAACGGCCGGAGCCUCCGCCCGGCCGGCAGCGCUUACCCCGGGAGGCCGAGGGGGGUAGCCCCAGCUCCUGUCGGGCUGGCCGCCGCCGCAGCGGUCGUUCCCCUCCUCGCUGUGGGGGCUGCCGACUGGGCCUCGGCUUUAGGGAGGGCCGGCAGCCUGCCCGGGCCGAAAGUUCGAGGAGAGGCCUCCAUAGAAGCGCGGGCACGCCGCUGUUCUUUCUGAACGCAGCCUUCUCCGUUAAUCUCCAUUAUGCGUAUUUGCAUUUCAAAAAACCCACGCGUUAUGUAUUUGUGAUCUAAUGCACGCUAGAUUUGGUUCUGGGCUCUGUUGUGUUGGCAGGCACUCUCUGCCUGGCACUUCAGUCUGAUCUGCGUGGCCAUCUCGGGUAAGGAUGCUCAGAGAUGAAGGAUAUGCAUUAACUCGGUUUAGCGAAGCAGUGGCCUGGUAUGUGCUCGAGAUCAUGGGAUUUUUCUGGAUAAAGCUCCAGCAGUUUUGGUGUUCAGUUGUGGGUCAGUGGUUGUCUUCUCUGAUUGAAAAGGCUGUCAAGUGGACUGAGUGAUCAAGGCUUUUUGGAUGGGGUGGGGGUGAAGCAGGGUGGUUUGUUGGGGUUUUUUUCAUGUGUGUCUUUACUACAGAGAGCUGGGUGAAAAUGUGAUCUGGUGAGACUUUGAUGUUUGUUGUCAAAUUCCCAGUGGCAGUCAUAGAUUUCUGCUUCUUUGACUUAAGUGCCACUGGUCAUAAUCACUUCCAUCUUACCUUUUGGAGUGGGAGCAGGACAUUAAUAGCACUGGUUUGGAAGUGAUGCUGAGUUUCAGAUUAACACAGUUUUUAGAAAGAGAAAUAGUGCUUAAGGAAGCACUUGGUUUUUACAAGUUGUUUUUAUCAAUUAAUGUACUGAUUUUUUUUUUAAUUGAACACCUUUAGUUAAAAAAUAUUGUGGUGGAUAUAUGGCAGUAUGUGAGGAAAUCAGUUGAUUGCUUUUUGAUUUGUAAGAGCUCUUGAAUGUUUUUCUAUAGUAUUUGUAUGUUCGUACUUCUGUAGUACUGAUGUGGUCUUCUAAAUAGAUGGUGCCAGACAACAUAAAGUGAAUGAUCUGUUAUCCUUAAUGCUUCCUUUGGAAAUCUCACGUCAUUCACAUGCUACUCAAAAUCCCAACAAAAUAACUGUUACACUGUGUGCUGGCAGAGUUUCCUUGUUCCACAUUAUUACUUACAGUGUGUUUUUACUGAUACAGUUGAACUGCUGUUAUACUCAAUGAAGGCCAAGUAACUGAGGCCAAAGUGAAUUAGGGUGAAAUUACUUUAACUUGCUCAGUUUUCAUUGUUAUAACUUAAAAUUAGUUUUGUUCUUGGCCAGAUCUGCCAGCUAGACUCAGUAGUAGAGGUGUGAGAGCUUAGUUUAGAAACCUUCAUCACCAGUCUGUUAACUGGAAAUUAUGGUGAUUAUUUGACAUGCAACAAUAACAAAAAUAUAUAAUCUCAUAAAGCAUCUCUUAGGCAACUAUACAUUUGUUACAGUUCUGUUGAAUUUUACUUGUAAUUACAUAGUUACACUUACUACACCAUAGAAAGCCUGAUAAUAUUACAAUAUGUGGCUUUACUAACUGCUUUUUUUAACAGCUAUGACUUUGAAGAGUUUCCCAGUUUGUAGUUUAAAAUUUUAUAGUAAAUUAAAAUACUAUAAAUUCACUAUGUGCAUUUCCACUGCAUGUUGCUCUUUCAAUAUGCACCUCUCUUUUAUCUUCAUUUUUUCAUAUGUCCCAUGCUGAAAAUUUCAUAAAGGUUAGUGGAAGUUGAGAAUAAUGAAAGUUGAUUAUUUCUUUAAAUUGUCUUCUAAGUGGCUGGAGAACCAGUCAGUGUUCAGUAUGUAAUCUAUAGAUACAUAUCACAGAUGGAGUGAAAUAGCUAGUACUUCUUUCUGUUUUACAAAAAUACACCAGAAACUUAAGAAAGUAGGUCUUAAAAAUCUGAGCAAAGCUUAAAUCCAGAAAACAAGUAAUAUGAAGAAUAAAACAAUGUCAUAAUGUUGGUGAUCCUGGUGACAGGCAAGGGAAAGAAUAAGAACCUGCAUUUACUGGAGACGGCUCUAGGCUGCCAGCUCGUGGUGCAUGUGGCCAGCUCAGGUGUAGCACUAGUCUAUAAAGCAUGCAGUCUGAGGUUACAUAUGUGAAAGAGCAUAGUCAUUUGGCAAGAUGAAUAUUGGGAGAGUCUGUGCAAGGCAUCUUGACAGAAGAAAUCAAAACUUUCUUAUUUAACUUCAGAAGAGAAACUUUUUCUUCAUUUUCUCUGGUUUAUGCCUUUAUAAACUUGUUAUCAGUUUCAGAUAUUGUGAAUAAACAUCUCUAUUUGCAUUUUAACUGAACAUGACAUGAAUUAAAAGUCAUCUGAUAAUAAAUGAAUAUUAAAAAGUAAUUUCUCACUUCAGUCCCUGGAGCAAACUGCAAGUAUCUGACUCCCUGUUAUGUUUUGUAGAAUAUUGGAAAGCUAAGACAGUAUGGUCCCAAAGUAAACGGUUUGGGUUUUCUGAAGAACAGGUGCUACCAGCUCAGAGAAGAAGGAAAUAUCCCUGCAGUAAUUAUUCCAGCCACUUCCAGGACCCUAUCUUGACAGUGUCACCUUAAUGAUCAAAACCUUAAAAUGGAGGGGAGAAGUACUAAAUUUGGAUGUCAAAUUUAGUAUCACAAGGGUAUGAUUUCUAAGAACACUUAACAUAGGAGACUACUUAUAUAUUUAGCAUACAUAGCCCAUUAAAUUCAGCAGGCACUUGGCCCUGCUCAUCAGAUCCAAGGGGACAAGUUGAGUGCUCAGAAAAUAAAGAAUGAGCAAUUAAACAGUAGUUGUGAGCAGCUUUAAGCAGUGUCCAUUGCCAAAACUAUUAUGCCUUUCUGCCUUUUUAUUAAUUGUAUAAUUUGUUACAAAUGCAGCUGUCUAAUCUCUUUAUCAUCCUGCAUUCAUAGAAUAUCAGAGGUGUACGUCAGCAAUUUUUGACUUGGAGUUGAGCAUAUAAUAGCAUGUUCACAGGAUUUAUUCAUACUUACCCUUUAUCUAGCGUGAGAAAGGUGCUGGAGUAUGUCUUUCAGAGUGCUAAGUUUGAAGUUCCUAUUCUGGCAUUUUUUUAACUUUUCAAGAUUCUGUUUGUGUUAUGAAACCAUAUUAUAUAUCAGAAGUGAUUUAUAUAUGCAUGAGUUUGGAAGAUCUCUUUAUUAGCCAGCAUCAAGCACUGGCCGAGGUUGUAGAGGUGUCUGACACAAAGCAAACUUGCAUAGGGCUCAUUAUUAUUUCUUAAAUGAUACAUAAGAGUUGGGUUUCUCUGAGCAGAGGAAGCUAUGAACCAUGUCUGAGUCUCUUGUUUGUUUGGGUUUUUUCUGUGGUUUUCAUGCAUUGAGUCUUGCUUCUGACUUAUUUUUUCACUUUAUUUUGUCUCCCCAGAUUUUGAUGUCACUGUCCUUUGUAUUCCUUCCCCAUGUAAAUGAGGAGAUGAGGUUUUAAUGCUGAAUCUGGUAUAGUGGGAGGUGUCCCUGUCUAUGCAGGGGUGGUGGAACUGGAUCUUUAACAUCCCUUCCAGUCCAAAACAGUCUGUGAUUCUAUGAGCCCAUCUAUUUUGGGAUUUCUUCUGCAGUAAAUGACUAGGGAUCCUAAUAGCGAAGUUUCUUCCAUUGCAUGCCAUCUUAAUAAUCUACAGACCAGGUUUGUCCUCUAGAAUGAAUGAGGAAGAGCUAGUAAAGUAAUUUAGACUGGAUUUGUGUCUCAUUGCUGACUGAAUUUUAACUUUAUACUAAGGUUGAAGUAUUAACUCAUUGUAAACAUUGGAGAUUGUUUCUUGGAGAUAGAUGUUUCUGAGUGACCUAACUAGGAAAACAACUUGACUCGGGAGUUAAUACUUCAUCACAUAUUCUUCUUGCAAGUUUGGAUGCUGACAGCAAGGAAUUUAGAAUACAGAAGUCACUCUAAAAGUUUAAUAAAUAAACUUUAUAAAUUACUACACUUUAUGAAGGCAGUAACUUUUCAUUGCUUAGAUGAAGGCUUUGUUAGAGGAUCCUUUCCAGUGUAGAGGAAAGGAUCAGGGAGCAGGAAAGGGUUAUCAGAGAAAGCCAUAAAAUAUUUGCAGUAAUACUGUUUACGUGGGUUAUGCUGGCUUAAGCAGUUACCUGAGUUUGUUCUAAAUUAAGUACUUUAUGAAAAACUAACCUGAUGAGAACAAUCACAGGGAGAAAUUAGAAAUAAAUAUAGUCAAAUUGAUGUUGGGUUUCAGAAAUAUACUGUGUAUUAGAUAUUUGUGUGGAGAACACUUUGUUUUCCCUUUGCUGUGGCUGCCUUUGACAAAAAUUUUCCAUUCAAACAGGUGGGGUUUUUUUGUUAAAUUAACUUUCUGUAAAUUCUGUCUUUAUGUGCUGGUGAAGUUUCCUCAGCGUGUCUUCAAAAAAAAGAAGUCAAAAUCCAAUGUAAAUUGUUUAGCCACAGUUUUUUGUAAUUCUUUUCUAUGCAAGUAUGAUAUUUUUAGAACUUUUCACAUAGCAAUUUUUGUUUUGCUUUUUGAUUCUUACCCAUUACCACUGACACUUUGUCUUUGCCCGUAACUUGGCUUAGUUGGAUAUGCAGUGGGAAUUGACAGACACUUAUAUUCGAAACAUGCAGCUUCUUUUGUCAGCAAUAAUAAUGAUGGCUUUAUAACUAAGGAUGCUGAAGGAGCACUCCCAAAUCCUGGACUUACUUUCCUGCUGCCUCUCUUGUGCUGGCAAUCAUUUUCAUCUGUUCAUUCAGGGAGGUAGUUCUGGGAACGAAGCAGAAAAUCAGUGACUUGUUGAUGAAGGGUCAUUCUGACGACAGCUAGUGUUUGGCAGGAAUAGCCUCCUACCAGGACCUUUGCAGGCAGAGCUACUAUGCGGAACAUAAUAAAGGUGCCAAACUGUAGACACUAGGAAUUGAAUAAUUAAUGCCAAAGAGGCAAUGAUGGGAGAGAAGGGGAAUACUAUUCUCUUGUUCCUGGUUCUGUCUGCUCUUCUAUAAACAAAAACAUUUUAUGUAAGACUGCAAAUAACUCUGCUCCAAAGGUUUGUGCUCAAUAAAACAGUCUCCAGUAGGUAGUAGUCUUGCUGUUUAGAAGACCUACUGGUGAGUAGAUGAGCAAGCGUUGUACUUUUGCUGCAGCAUUUUUUAAUUCAGGGACUUCUUGUUUUAUUUUAUUGAAAUAUAGUUUACAUAUGCGUUCAUGUAUAUGCUAGUACUGAAGGUUUUUUUUGUUUGUUUUUUGCAGUGUCUUUAGGGGAGACACCAAGGGAAGCCCCACCUUCCAUCGUGCAGCAAAAUCCCAAAGGUAUAUGAUGCUGAAGGAUUCAAGCUAGAUAGUGGAAAGGUAAACAUUACCAAAUGAGGAGAAAAGGAAGAUGUCAUCGAGUAUCGGCAGCAAGGCAUUCUUCUUCCCCAUGCAGUAUUAAGCACUCUCCUACACGAGAAACCUUGACAUACGCUCAAGCUCAAAGAAUGGUUGAAAUAGAAAUUGAAGGUCGCCUUCAUAGGAUCAGCAUCUUUGAUCCUUUAGAGAUUAUAUUAGAAGAUGAUCUUACAGCCCAGGAAAUGAGCGAAUGCAACAGCAAUAAAGAAAAUAGUGAAAGACCACCAGUUUGUCUAAGAAGCAAACGGCAUAAAAAUAACAAAGUGAAAAAGAAAAAUGAAGCUCUUCCAAGCUCACAUGGUAUACCUGCUACAACAACUCCUCUUCCAGAACCAAAAGUACGGAUUGUUGAAUACAGUCCUCCUUCAGCUCCUCGGAGACCUCCAGUUUAUUACAAAUUCAUUGAAAAGUCAGCAGAAGAACUUGAUAAUGAAGUUGAGUAUGACAUGGAUGAAGAAGAUUAUGCGUGGUUAGAAAUAAUAAACGAGAAGCGGAAAAGUGAUGGAGUGUCAGUUGUUUCACAAAAUAUGUUUGAAUUCCUUAUGGAUAGGUUUGAAAAAGAGUCUUAUUGUGAGAACCAAAAACAGGGUGAUCAUCAGUCUUUAAUUGAUGAAGAUGCAGUGUGUUGUAUAUGCAUGGAUGGUGAAUGUCAGAACAGCAAUGUAAUCCUGUUUUGUGACAUGUGUAAUUUAGCAGUACAUCAGGAAUGCUAUGGGGUGCCAUAUAUACCUGAGGGCCAGUGGCUCUGCAGACACUGUCUGCAGUCCCGUUCUCGGCCUGUAGACUGUGUGCUGUGCCCAAACAAGGGAGGUGCCUUUAAAAAGACUGAUGAUGAUCGCUGGGGACAUGUUGUGUGUGCUUUGUGGAUUCCAGAAGUUGGAUUUGCCAAUACGGUUUUUAUUGAGCCGAUCGAUGGUGUAAGGAACAUUCCCCCAGCCAGAUGGAAGUUAACAUGCUACCUCUGUAAACAGAAAGGUGUUGGUGCCUGUAUCCAGUGCCACAAAGCAAACUGCUAUACUGCAUUCCAUGUGACGUGUGCUCAAAAGGCUGGUCUGUAUAUGAAAAUGGAACCUGUGAAAGAGCUAACUGGCAGUGGGACGACAUUCUCUGUGAAAAAGACUGCCUAUUGUGAUGUACAUACUCCACCAGGUUGCACACGGAGACCUCUAAAUAUUUAUGGAGAAGCUGAAUUCAAAAAUGGUGUUUGUAGAAAGGAGGGAUCAGUCAGAACUGCUAGGUCUACAUCAAAAGUCAGGAAAAAGACCAAAAAGGCCAAGAAAACAAUGGUUGAACCUUGUACAGUUAUGCCAACAGUAUCUGCUCCUUAUAUCCCUCCCCAGAGAUUAAAUAAGAUUAUGAAUCAGGUGGCCAUUCAGCGGAAGAAGCAGUUUGUUGAACGAGUGCACAGUUACUGGUUGCUUAAAAGACUGUCUAGGAAUGGUGUUCCUCUGUUGAGAAGGCUGCAGUCCAGUUUACAGUCACAAAGAAACACACAACAGAGAGAAGAUGAUGAAGAAAUGCAGGCCUUAAAAGAAAAACUGAAGUACUGGCAACGGUUGCGUCAUGAUCUUGAAAGAGCACGUUUAUUGAUUGAACUUAUACGUAAGCGUGAAAAAUUAAAAAGAGAACAGGUCAAGAUUGAGCAGGUUGCCAUGGAACUUCAGCUUACUCCAUUCACUGUACUUCUGCGAUCAGUUCUGGAUCAGCUGCAGGAAAAGGAUUCUGCUCGUAUAUUUGCUCAGCCAGUGAAUCUUAAAGAGGUUCCAGACUAUUUGGAUCAUAUUAAACAUCCUAUGGAUUUCUCUACCAUGCGAAAACGGUUAGAUGCUCAAGGCUAUAAAAACCUCAGCGAGUUUGAAGAAGACUUCAAUCUCAUCAUAGAUAACUGUAUGAAAUACAAUGCAAAAGAUACAAUAUUCUAUAGAGCUGCAGUGCGGUUAAGAGAUCAAGGAGGUGUAGUUCUCAGGCAAGCUAGGCGAGAUGCUGAAGGAAUCGGUUAUAAUAAUGAAACUGGAAUGCACUUACCUGAACGGCCUAAACUUGAGUCACCGCAGCCUUUCUCUUGGGAAGAUGUGGAUAGGUUACUGAAUCCUGCAAACAGAGUGCAUAUGUCCUUGGAAGAACAGCUGAGAGAGUUGCUAGAAAAACUUGAUCUUACCUGUGCAAUGAAAUCCAGUGGGUCAAGGAGCAAAAGAGCAAAGCUGUUAAAGAAAGAAAUCAGCAUUAUUCGCAACAAGCUAAGUCAGCAACACAACCAAGCUCCUCAAAUAGAAUCAGGUAUUGGAAGUUUUGAAGAAGAAAGUGCAGCAUUAGAACAAGAUGGAGAAGAAGAAGGUCUGUCAAACGGUUUUGGAGAUGGAAGUAAAGAAAGAGCAUUAGAUGAUACACCAGGAAGAAAAGUUGAACCUCGUCGCCGCUGCGCAUCAGAAUCUAGUAUUUCAUCUAGUAACAGUCUUUUGUGUAACACAAGUUUCAGCCUACCAAAGUGUGGUAAAGGUAAACCUGCACUUAUACGAAGGCACACACUGGAAGACCGAAGUGAAUUAAUAUCAUGUAUUGAAAAUGGAAACUAUGCCAAAGCAGCAAGAAUUGCAGCUGAAGUUGGUCAUAGCAGCAUGUGGAUUUCAACUGAUGCUGCAACAUCUGUUCUUGAGCCUCUAAAAGUAGUAUGGGCCAAAUGCAGUGGAUAUCCCUCUUACCCAGCCCUGAUUAUUGACCCUAAGAUGCCUCGUGUUGCUGGCCAUCACAAUGGUGUUACUAUACCAGUGCCACCUCUGGAUGUACUGAAAAUUGGAGAACAAAUGCAGACCAAAUCAGAUGAAAAACUAUUCUUAGUACUAUUUUUUGACAAUAAAAGAAGUUGGCAGUGGCUUCCCAAAUCCAAAAUGGUUCCCCUUGGGAUAGAUGAGACCAUAGACAAGUUAAAAAUGAUGGAAGGACGUAACUCAAGCAUACGAAAAGCAGUAAGAAUUGCUUUUGAUCGUGCUAUGAAUCACCUGAGUCGAGUCCAUGGAGAGCCAGUCAGUGACUUCAGUGAUAUUGACUAACAGAGAUUCUACCAAGGCAUGAAAAGUAUCACACAGACUUGAACUCUACUAAUGAACCUCUUUGUCUAAAAGAAUGUAUUGAAGAUACAACCCCUUAAUUGUUGAUUCAGUGGCUGAGUUCUGCAAACUUGAAAUAGCUGAGCGAUUCUUCUAAAUCACCAUUGCCAUAUUGAUUAAUGAUUUUAUCGUGUUGUAGUUUGGAGGAUUUUCCACUAAACCUGGUAAAAUGUCUUGUUCAUAGUGUUCAUAAUUGUACAUAAAUGUAUAUUCAACACUUAACUUAUUCUGAUUUUAGAAGUAGCUCUUUAAUUCCUUUUAUAAUUUUGCUGGGGAGGGAGUUGGGUUUUGUUUCCAUGCUUUUUACCUUUUUUCUUUUUUUCUUUCUGAGGUUAAGUUACCUAAGCACCAUCUUCCAGCUUAAGGUGUUUAGUGGGUCUUAAAGCCUAAUAUCAAAAUGGCAUCAAAUAUAUGUUUGCCUAAAUCAUAUACAAUAUGGUGCUGCUUGUAUCAUUUCUUCCUUGGUCUGUAGCUUCUGAAAAAGACUUCUGAAUGUUUGUGUAAAUUGUUGCUCUUUGCACAAAGUACCACAUAUUUAAGAUUGAUGUAAAUUUACAAUUACAAAUAUGUAUUUUAAGAAAGGAAGUUGCAUUAUUUUGGAGGGUACUUUGUGAGAAAGACACCAAGAAAAAAUUAUACUAUGUACAUCACUUGCAAAUCACCAAAAACACUCCAUUGUUGCCCAAAAUAACUCAAGAUUGUUUUUGUUUUAAACAAACCUGGCUUAAAGCCUGCAAGCACACUCUUUCUUUCAAAACCAUAUCCCAUUUAUCUCCCAUUGAUUUUAAUUUUGUUGAUAUGUGUGCCUCCCUGUGUUUUAUUUAUUGUAGAAAAUGUAUUAAUUUGCUUUAUAAUGAAAAAUAAAAUUGACAAAUAUAUUGAUAUGCAUUUUUAUACAGGCACAUGAGAAGACAACUUGCUUUGGGAGAAAAAUGUAUUGGAAAUUGUAUAAAAUAACUUGAUGGUUUGUGUGUAAUUUGAUUUUUUUGUAACUUGUAAUCUUUUGUUUCCAAUGAGGGGAUGUAUGUAACUUUUAAUUUAGAACACUUUGGUAGCAAUAGAAACUUUGGAUACAUUUUUGUAUGGUACAUGUGAUGUAUAUAGAAUUAGUACUUUAUUUUUAUUUUUAAGAAGUAAAGCAUUAUGUUUGGGCAGGGGGAAGAUGGAGGGUGGGUUUCAAGAACUGCAUUUUUAUAUUAAAAAGAAAAACAAUAAAGUCAAGAUAUUGAUUGUUGUAGCUACUUUAUUCGUACCUUCACUGCGAUACUGAAUUUGUAACAAUGAAAAUGACAAGGUAUGUUUGCAAUGUGAUUUAUAAUGACUCCAUUAUUUAUAAAUGCACUGUGUUUGAACUCUUUUGCAGUGGUAUCUUAAAUACUGUACCAAGUUAUAUAAUAUGAAACACCAAAUAAUGCAUAUGAAUGCACGAAGUAUUUAUGCCCAGCUUUUUUAUAAAGGAUUAGCAAAUACAGCAAAACCAAUACUUUUUAAAUCUUUUUUUAAAACUUCAUUGAAUAGCAUACUUCAUUGUUAAACCUGCUUGAAUCUUUAUUUUAAAGGGACAAUUACUUUUUAAAUAGUUUUUAAUGUUUUUAUUCUCUAUUGUUUGUAAUACCCCCUUAGAAGCUUGAAAUAAAAUUUCUUUCUCAACUGUUAA